UUCAUUCCCCUACGUUCAUUCCUGAAUUUGCUCUCCGGCCCCGAAGCUCCUCCAGCCUCCUCCUCCUCGCCCCGACCAGCUUCGGUGGACAUCUUCAAGACUCACCGCCACGUAACCAGGAGCGUCCACACAAUGGUUGCGAGCGUGAACGUCAACAGCUUCCACGAUGCCGAGACCCCGACCACGGGCAGCAGCCGAUACGCCAUCAUCGUGUGCGCGUUCGCGUCGCUCGGCGGCUUCUUCUUCGGCUACGACCAGGGCGUGACGUCCGGCGUGCUGAUCAUGGACUCGUUCCUCAACGACUACUGCGUCGGCUGGCACAACUUCACGUACGAGGACUGCACCAAGGCGUCUUCGGACCUGCCCGGCGAGUGGACCACGUUCACGGUCUGGUACAACAUGGUGUACAACCUCGGGUGUCUGGUGGGCGCUCUCAUCGGCGGCUACAUCGCCGACCGCUUCGGUCGCCGCGCCACCAUCAUGUCGGCCGGCGUCCUCUUCUGCAUCGGCACGACCUGGGUCUGUCUGAACCCCGCGCAGGACCACACGCUCAUGUAUCUGGCGCGUAUCGUGCAGGGCUUCGGUGUCGGCAACUCGUCGUUCUCGCUGCCUCUGUUCGGCUCGGAGGUGGCGCCGAAGGAGCUUCGCGCGCGUCUGUCGGGCCUGAUGGUGCUCCCCGUGACGUUCGGCCAGUGGCUGGCCAACCUCAUCAACAUCCUCGUCAUGGACGACAGCAACGGCUGGCGCAUCAGUAACGCGGUGUCCAUGAUCCCGCCGAUCAUCGUCAUGUGCGGCAUCUUCUGCGUGCCCGAGAGUCCUCGCUGGACGUACCAGCGGAAGGGCAGGGAGCAGGCCGAGGCGGUGCUCAAGCGCCUGCGACAGACGGACGACGUGCGCCACGAGCUCGAAGCUAUCGGAGACCAGAUCACGCAGGAGGAGACCGGUAACAAGGGCAUGCGUGGUCUGUGGGAGCCCACGGUUCGGAGACGCGUGUUCAUCGCCAUGGCGCUGCAGCUUGGACAGCAGGCGACCGGCAUCAACCCCAUUAUGACCUACGGCUCGCUCAUUUUCAAGGAUAUCACGGGCGCCGGCAUCUACGCGUCGCUGCUGCUCAGCGGCGUCAACUGCUUGAGCACGACGCCAGGUUUGAUUUGGCUGGACAAGUACGGACGUCGCUACAUGGCCAUGAUCGGAGCUGUGGGCAUGGUCAUCGGCCACCUUUUCGCUGCCAUUCUGUUCACGGCGAUCUGCGACGGCAACGUCGACGACUCUGGCUGCCCCACGGUCGGUGGCUGGUUUAUCUGCCUUGGUACGGCCUUCUUCGUCUUCAGCUACGCCGUGUCGUGGGGCGCGCUGCCCUGGAUCUACUGCUCCGAGAUCUUCCCGCUCAACGUGCGCGCGUCCGCUGUGUCUGUGGCCACCGCCGCCAACUGGAUCGGCGGCGCGCUCAUGACCGAGGUCGUCAAGCUCUUCCCGUACAUGAACAUCAACGGCGUCUUCUUCAUGUUCGCGGGGCUCGCUCUGCUGUGCGGCCUCUUCAUCUAUUUCUACUGCCCCGAGACCAAGGGCAUUCUGCUGGAGGACAUCGAGCUGCUCUUCAGCCGCAGCAACCACACGGCCACCACGCCGUCGUACGUCGAGGUCAAGACCCCAGUGGCCACCGCCAAGAGCCCCGUCGCCAUGGCCUGAGCGAUGGGAUCAACCACGCGCG